GAUGCAAUUUUAUCAUUUACAUUGACUUGGAUUCUCAAUUUCUUUCACAUUCACGAGUCUAUUGACUGUUAUUCACAUUCUUGAGUUUUUGAAAAUGCGGCAACUUGUCUCGUACGACGAUAUCUCCCUACCACAAGCAGCAGGUCAAAGCACAGCACCAGAACAUUCCGGGCAGCCUCCUCAGAAGAAACGCAAGAAAUCAAACCAAAGGUCACGGCGUAAUCAGCAAGUCAGGCACUGGGAUGACCCAGAUCGUUCAGGAGACAAAACCAUCUCGGAGGAGGGAGCUGCAGAUAUUGAUGAGGAUGGAGAAGACGAAAGCCGCGAGCUCACUCACGAUGAAGUCUGGGAUGACUCUGCAUUGAUAGAUGCGUGGAAUUCCGCAACUGCAGAGUACGAGGAAUAUCAUGGUCCUACUAAGGACUGGAAAAACCAGUCCGUCAAGAAAUCACCUCUAUGGUUCAACGUUCCUAUAACAAGGUCGUCCCAUAACGCUGCCUCAGCAGUCGAUAUAUCUCAGGAUGACCUCUCAAUGGAGGACGAUUCUAAACCAAUUGAUUUCGAAUCGUUUGUGCCCACUCAUGAUCCGUCUUUAGCUCUUCCAGAACUACCCGAUCCACCACCUGUAUCAGAACCAAAUUACUUGAUGUCAAGCACGUAUAAUCCUUUAGAGGUUGACCAAGAUGAGGCUUUCAGUCGUGCUUUGAAUGCAAUGUAUUGGGGUGGAUAUUGGACAGCGGUGUACCAUUGCCAGAAACGGUCUCGCCAGGGGCAAAACAUAGCGAAUACAAACGAUGAGCAGAAUCACGUUGAAGAUGAAGAUUCAGGUUUGGAGCCUGAAGAUGAUGUUAAUCUUGUGCCAACACAACGUUGAUGAUCUCUUCCCGAGUCGCCCUGCGUACGUCGAGAGUGUGUGAAAUAUGUAGUACAUAUGGUCAAUUUUAGCUCGGUAGACGAGGGUAGCUCCGCAUGCAGCACUAGAUGUCUGGCGAUAUGUGUUGGUAUCGUGCCAGUCGUUGUUUUGCAAGCGCCCGCGACCUCUCAGCUUGUUGAUCCUUUUCACGUUCCUGUCACGUACGCAAUUGCAGUCUAAUGCGUCUGCGGGUGCUGCUCAAUCCUUCUGCUGGUCUACAAGACCUAUCCUUCUCGCGC